GAGGGUCUCCAUCCCGAUGGACUCAAAUCAUAAACCAGAGCAGUGCCGUCGGUUCCGUCAGACCCAAUGGCAGCUCUUAGAUGCCAAUGCAUCAGCCACCAGCAUGACUGAGCUGGAGACAGAGCCCUGCUUGGAUGGAUGGAUUUAUGAUCAAAGUGUUUUCAAGUCUACCAUCGUAACAGAGUGGGAUUUAGUGUGUGAUUUUCGGUUGAUGAAAUCCCUUUCUCAGGCCAUCUACAUGACAGGGCUAUUUAUGGGUUUAGUAACUGGAAUAGUUUCUGACAGAGCUGGCCGACAGCCAGUGUUGCUGCUCUCUUGUCUGCUGUCCGGAGCCAUUGGUACCUGCUAUUCCUUUGCUCCUACUUUUCCCACUUACUGUGUUUUGAGAUUCCUGUUGGCAGCUUUUGUGAGCACCGUUGAAAACAUCAGCAUUGUAUUUGGCGUUGAACGGAGUAACUCCAAAUGGCGCCCUACCGUCGUCGCAGCAGUAGGAUUUGCGUGGAGCGCAGGCCAGGCAUUGCUGGGUGGACUGGCUUAUGUUUUCCGGGAUUGGUAUACGAUCCAGUUGUUCAUCUCUGUCCCUUAUUUAGUUUGCUUUCUGUUUUUAUGUGGGAAUGUAGAGUCUGCCCAAUGGUUGAUUGCAACUGGAAAAACAGAACUAGCAUUAAAAGAACUCCAGAAAGUUGCCUGGAUCAAUGGAAAGAAAGAUAUAGCAGACAGUCUGACAAUUGGGAGACCUCGGUUUGAUACCCACCCAAUGGCGUUCAAGCACAGCCACAAACUAUAUCAGUGGAUGCUUACAUAUUGGCUAGAUUCUGAAUAG